GAAACAAGAAAAUACCAAAUAAAGAGCAUUGGCAAUUAAUAUAAGAGAUGCACAAUUAGUACUCUUGUUGAGUUAUAUGUACCAUAUUUCCUCUAUUUGAGCUCCAAUUCUUAGCCAAUUGUUUUCUCAAGUUGCCAAGAGGUUAAUAUCAUGGAGAAGCUAGGGCUUGCUUUGGUCUGUUUGUUGCUGCCAAUUCUGAUCAAAGGUGCGAGCUCAACAACAUUCACACUGAAAAACAACUGCCCGCACAAAAUUUGGCCCGCGGCACUAUCGAGCUCGGGCUCACUCCCGACCACUGGAUUCGAACUCCAAUCCGGCUCGACCCUCAAAAUCCAAGCUCCCCCGAAAUGGUCCGGUCGGUUCUGGCCCCGAACCAACUGCUCAACCGACGCGUCAUCCGAAUUCUCGUGCCUCUCCGGCGACUGCGGCGGCGGGAAACCAGAAUGCGCCGGCACUGGUGGCGCCCCUCCGGCGUCACUCGCCGAAUUCACCCUCCAGGGUCACGAUAACAAAGAUUUUUACGACAUAAGUCUGGUCGACGGAUACAAUGUGCCCGUCACCAUCGUCCCACGAGGCGUGCCAGAGUGCAACUCUACCGGAUGUGGAGCGGACAUCAACCGGGUUUGCCCGCCGGAGUUGCAAGCAAGAUCGCCGGACGGUGUGGUUCUGGGCUGCAAGAGUGCUUGUUUGGUGUUCGGGGAAAAGGAGUAUUGUUGUUCGGACGAUUACAAUGAUCCUAAAGUUUGCAAGCCUACUAAUUAUUCGAAGAUUUUCAAGGAUGCGUGUCCUCAAGCUUAUAGUUACCCUUAUGACGAUGCUACUAGUACUUUUACUUGUACGGGGGCUGAUUAUGAUAUUACAUUCUGCCCCUAGAUUAGAUGUACGAAUGAUGGAAGAGGGAUAUUUGUUUACUAUUAUAAUUACCGUUAUUAUUAUUAUGGGAGUGUUAGACUCCAAGUCACAAAAUAUGUAUCCUAAAGGUUAUUAAAUAAAUUUGGCAUUAUUAUGCUUGUUACCAGUGA